CCGAAAAUACGAGAGCUGUUCUUUAUUCUGACCUCGGAAUUUUAGUUGAAGUACACCGAAAUUUAUUAGGGACUCAUCCGGUUCGCGGUCGUCUCGGCUUCGACCCGGCCCCCGGUCGGCCCAUUUCUGAAGCAUCCCCUUGGUUCGAAUUCCGAUCUUGUCCGAUUAAGUCCUCAAUUUCUAUCUCCACUUCUCAAAUCCGGAUCUCAGUCCAAAACUCUCCUCUCUUCUUGUGUUUCCCUCUUGGGAUCUCAGUAAUCUCUCAAAACCUUUCUCAUCCCAUGAUCUAUAACUCAUUGCCUUCUUCUCUAUUCAAACCUCCCAAACUAAUUCCAUAGAAAUCCAUACGGCGUUCUUACCCCUUGAUAGUGUUGGAUUGACAAAUAAAAAAAAAGGAAGAUUAUAUAUGAUUUUUAUUGGUCUUAUGGUGCUUCAUGGCAUUAAAGAAGAUCAAUAAAAAAGAAAGUUUGUAGUCACAUGGGAAGCUUGAUUUAUAGAAAGAAGGAGGUUGCAUUCAUACAAGGUGUUUGUGCAAUUGUCUCAAAGGGAAACUGGUCCAAUUUGUCGAACACUAAUGUCAGUCAUGGCUUCACCACCUCGAAUGUGAAUCAGAUUUUACUUCAGCUGUCGGCGGACACUUCUCUCUCAUGGGGAUUCUUCAAGUGGCUGCAGUCUCUUCCCCAUUACCAUCACUCCCUCCAGCCCAAUUGGACCAUGGUCCACCUCCUCACCAAGAACAGGCAGUUCAAAGCUGCACGAGAAUUGCUCGAGAGGUUCGCUUUCAAGGAUUUUCUCUCAUCACCAUCAGUGCUGAAUGCUUUGCUGAGCAGUUAUGAGGAUGCUGACUCGAAUUCUCAGAUCUUAAGUUGGCUCGUAAUUAUUUACUCGCAGUCAAAGAUGACUCAGGAUGCAGUUCAGAUAUUUGAGCAGAUGAAAAGCAAUGGCUUGAGGCCGGAUCCGCAUGCUUGCAGUGCUCUCUUGAGUGCACUUGCAAAGGCUAGACUCACUGCCACUGCAUGGAAAGUAUACAACGAAAUGAUUUGGAUGGGGGUUGUUCCAAAUGUCCACAUCUUUAAUGUUAUGAUCCAUGCUUGUUACAAGUCAGGCGAUGUCGAGAAGGCUCAAAAUUUGGUGAAUGAGAUGGAGCGGAGUGGCAUCCGUCCCGAUCUGUUCUCUUAUAACACAUUGAUCUCAUUGUUUUGCAAGAAGGGAAUGCAUUAUGAGGCUUUGGCUGUUCAGGAGAGAAUGGUUAGGGAAGGGAUCCAUCCAGAUAUUGUAACUUAUAAUUCUCUUAUUUAUGGGUUUUGUAAAGAAGGUAGAAUGAGGGAGGCAUCAAGGCUUUUUAAAGAAAUCAAGGGUGUCAUUCCUAACCUUGUAACCUAUACCACUCUCAUUGAUGGCUACUGCAGAGUGAACAACCUUGAUGAGGCACUUCGUUUGCGUGACGAAAUGGAGGCUAAAGGGUUGUAUCCUGGGGUAGCCACCUAUAAUUCAAUCAUUCGUAAGCUGUGCGAAGAAGGAAAAAUGAAAACCGUUAAUGAUCUUCUGAACGAGAUGGACGAGAGGAAGGUCCAACCUGACAACAUCACGUGCAAUACCUUGAUUAAUGCUUAUUGCAAGAGAGGGAACAUGGCCUUUGCAUGGAAACUGAGGAGUAAGAUGUUGGAAUCAGGAUUGGCUCUAGACCAGUUUACCUACAAGGCUCUGAUCCAUGGCUUCUGCAAGGUCCAGGAGUUGGAUGAAGCUAAGGUAGUCCUCUUUGAUAUGCUGGAUGCAGGAUUAUCUCCAAAUUAUAGUACUUACUCAUGGCUUGUGGAUGGUUACUGCAACCAGAAUAAUGCAGAGGCAGUGUUAAGGAUCCCAGAUGAGCUUGCUAAAAGAGGUCUUUCUGUGGAUAAGUCAGUGUACAGGGCUUUAAUUCGAAGAUUUUGUAAGCGGGGAUUAGUUGAUUUCGCAGAAAAAGUGUUUAUUCAGAUGCAAGGGAAGGGCUUCUCAGGUGACAGUCUUGUGUAUACCACCCUUGCAUAUGCUUACUUGAGUGCAGGAAAACCAAUUGCAGCUUCUGAAAUGAUAAAUGACAUGGCUAAGAAGCAACUAGUAAUAACUGUGGAGAUAUACAACUGCCUGAAUGCUUCUUAUGCUGAUGAGAAUGGCAUCUUAGAGCUGCUUUGGAAUCAUGCCAGUGAGAGAGGUCUGAUUGCAAAGAAUGUUUACAAGUUGAGGCAACAGGCCAGGUUAAACUUUUAAAGCAGUCAGAGAUACAAGCAGUCCACUUCUAGCAGAUAUUUUUAUAUGGUUUUGAGAUCAUUCAACAUUGUUUACAAGUGCAAAAUGUUGUUAUAAUCGUUGGAGCCUUUUCUUUUACCUUGUAAAUUAAUUGGUCCAUAAUUCGGUCUGUGAGGGGACUGGGAAGUAUAUUCAAACCCGAUUUGAUCAAUUUGCACAUAAACUAAGCUGCAUGGUUUAGCAUGCUGAAGGCAAAUGAAAGUAUGACGUAGUUCAAGACUUCAAAAGUGAAGUGUUGAUAAAUCAAGGCGUUCUGGUAAAUGUCCCCUUCACGAAAUCUAAACAGCUAUUGCCAUCUGCAUGUCAAUUUGUAGUGAUGCUGUGACAGUUCCUCAAGUUUUGGCCAUAUGAUCUGGGUUUUAUCUGCUACUGCCUUAAAUGCCAAAUAAAAUAAUUUUUGUUAUGGCCGCUGUGGUUUCCCAUAUUAUGUUGACAAUUAUUAUGAUUUUUUUUUGAAUUCUUGCAUGUGAUGCAAUUUCAUUGCAUGAGUAUGUGAUAUAUAUAUCUUACAGAUGCUUAUUUAUUCUUA